AUGAAUGAAGCGAGAUAGAGAGAUUUGAGGAGCAAAGAAGCACAACGGCGUCGAUAGGUUUAGGCUUAUUAUUGUAUCUUUCUUUGCAGCUUCAUUUUGUUUUAGUAGGAGGACAAAUUGCGGCGGCGGCGGCGGCGGCGGCGGCUAUGUGAAGAAGAAGAAGAAGAUGCACCUAUCUUCUAUACAAUCGGCCGAUAUACUUGGAUUACAAACUCACCCAUCUCGCACCUAUCUUCUAUACAAUUCCUCCGUGAUUUCACCUAAACAUGUCCUCUCACUGUCCAAUUUCAGCUGUAUUUCCUGGGUUCAUAAAGAUUCUGGCGCCAAAGCAACCUCUUUCUUUAGUCGAGCAUCAGCAAAUCGUCUCAAGGUUAAUGCAGUUGGAACUGAGAGUGAUGUGCCAAAAUGGUGGGAAAAGAAGUCUGGACCUAACAUGAUUGAUAUCAAUUCUACACAAGAGUUUGUAGACGCCUUGAGUAAAGCUGGAGAUAGAUUGGUGAUUGUUGACUUCUAUGGCACCUGGUGCGCCUCUUGUCGAGCAAUGUUUCCAAAGCUGUGCAAAAUUGCUCAACUGCAUCCAGAAAUUUUGUUUCUGAAAGUGAACUUUGACGAGAACAAGCCCUUGUGCAAGAGUUUGAACAUAAAGGUGCUUCCAUAUUUCCAUUUCUAUCGUGGAGCUGAUAGGCUGGUAGAAUCCUUUUCUUGCUCACUUGCCAAGUUUCAGAAAAUGAAGGAUGCCAUUGCAACUCAUAACUGUGUGAAGUUGACUUCCGAAGUUGAUGACAAGCCAUCAGAGCCUACUACAUCUGUAUGAUAUUUCUACUCAGCUCGGUUCAGCUCGGUUCGGAUCGGUGAAUUCUUUCUUCUUUUACUAUUCUUGCUUGUGUGAUUAUUGCACCUUAAGAGAUAGUUUCAUUUACAUAUGAUGAUCCAAAAUCAGAAAUUAGGGAUUGAAGAGGAAUUUAGGGUUGAGGUUACAUUUAUAUAUCUUCACACCUUUGACUAUAUAGUGACAUUGAAUAUUAACCAAUACAUUUAAGCAAGCAAAAAUC